CCAUAUCAGAGCAGUAGAAGAAGAAGUUAUACCGGAAGUGGUACCGAGGUGCUAAUAGGUAGGCAGGCUGUCUAUCGGACAUUGAAUGUGAAAGCACUGGUUUCGACUUGAAAAAGAUGAAAUUUCUGCCUAAACUGCUGCUGCUCGUCCUCUUAUCUUUCCCGGCGACUAUCUUUCUAAAAGGAUCGGCAGUGAGUGCCCAGGACCUGACUGAGGAUGAGGAGGCUGUGGAUGAAGAUGUCGUGGACGACGUGACGGCUGAAGACGAGGACGAUGGCGUUGAGGUGGAAGACGAUGAGAACACAGAGCUGACAGAGGAGAAGGAUGAAGAGGAGGAGGCGCUGGUCGGGGAGAUGAAGGCUUCACCCAACGCCGACACCACCAUCCUGUUCGUUAAAGGAGAAGACUUUCCCGCCAAUGACAUCGUCAAGUUCCUGCUGGGCUUCACCAACAAGGGUGACGAGAACUUUGUGGUGGACUCUCUGGAUGCCUCGUUCCGGUACCCCCAGGAUUAUCAGUUCUACAUCCAAAACUUCACGGCUCUGCAGCUCAGCACCGUGGUUCCUCCCGGCAGGCAGGCCACCUUUGAGUACUCCUUCAUCCCCGCUGAGCCCAUGGGGGGGCGGCCGUUUGGACUCGUCAUCAACCUGAACUACAAGGACAACAGCGGGAACAUUUUCCAGGACGCCGUGUUCAACCAGACCGUCACCAUCACGGAGAAGGAGGACGGGCUGGACGGUGAAACCAUCUUCAUGUACGUCUUCCUGUCGGGCCUCGGUUUGCUCGUCAUCGUUGGCCUUCAUCAGCUGCUGGAGUCCAGAAAGAGGCGGCGUCCGGCUCAGAAGGUGGAGACGGGAACCUCGAGCCACAACGACGUGGACAUGAGCUGGAUCCCUCAGGAGACGCUCAACCAGAUCAUGCAGAGUCGCAGAGACAAAGCUUCUCCCAGAAGAUCUCCUCGUAAAAGGAACCAGAAACGUUCGGCCGGCUCAGACGAGUGACGGACGCCGCGGCGCCGACCGGCCCGUCAUCACGAGGAGGAGGAGGAGCUCUGAAGUGAGCGCGCUCCGUCUGCGGAGGAACUUCACCCGGUGCCAAGCCCAGCGACGGCUGGUUCUGCUGCAACUUUAAGAACUGCUGAACACGAAACUCCUUUAGUUUGAUUUUGCGACGAGACAAACGGUUUAAUCUGAAACUUCUCGGUUUUUCUUUAAAGAUUAUUUUUUUGUUUGUUUUUAAGGUUCAAGACCUGCUGAUCUUUGUGUCGGACGGUACUGAUUGUGUUUCUGUUGGUUCUGGUGUCGGGCUCCAACACUUUCAUGGAUUUACAGGAAAUUAAAGUUUAUUUUAUAUUUGAAUCUGGUGUCUUUAAACGCGUUUCUGACAGGAAACCUUUGUUUGCAGCCUGAGGUCAGAUUAAACUCCGGAGUUAAACGCAGAUUAAGUCUUUGCUUGUAACUAUUCUGGUUCUCCUGGUCGCUCACUGCCGUCCUGGUAAACUUUGGUUCGAUGGUGGUUCGGAGGCACUCCGGAGAAAAGUUUUUACUUUUUUUAGUUUUUAGAACAAAGUAGGAAUUUAAAGCUCUACAAGAGCCUAAAGUUUUCAGAACGAACGAACUGAACACUGAUCCUGAACACUUUUAUUGUGAAGGGUUUAAGGAAGUUGUGCUGCAGGAGUAACGAGCUGCACCUCGGGCUGCCUGAUGCGUUUUGUAAUUUACCCAGAAUCCUCUGCUACAGUGAGAGAAACCCCAGUCGGGUUCUGAGAACUAGAGGGGAUGUACAACUGACAGUUUUACAGACAUUGACCUGGAGGUUGAUGUGAACUUUGUCAUGUAAGAAGCAAAAAAAAAAAAAACUUUAAUUUUAGACGUUUGAUUGUUUUUACUUUAAUCUGAAAACUUCUGAGUCGCCUCUUUGUGAAACAGGAGUCCAGUUUUCAGUCGGACCGCAGGAAUUAACCAGAAUAUUUAACGAUAUUUUCCUGACCUCAGCAGCCUCGCUCUGCUUUCAUCAACAUUUCCUGCUGUUAAAUCUUGUUUUAGGUAAAACAAGUUCCGGACUAUGUUAAAACAGGAACAGUUUUCUUAUGCAUUUGUUUUUUAGUGGCACAGAAAGUGGCUGCAGCCCGACGGAGAACCUAAAAAAGUAACGCUUGUUUCCUCCAGCUGAGCACAUCUGGAUCAACAGGGUUUAUUUAAAUCGUCGCUGACGUUUUCUUCACGAGUUUAGACCUGAAAACUGAAACGUUUCCGUUGUUUUUUUGGGUUUUUUUGUAAAUUUAACUUCUGUCUUUUUGUGUUUAAAAUCA